AGGCCAAACUGUGUUUUAAUAAGAUAAAAGUUGUUUUGCUCGGUAGUUUAUCUAUUUACCUACGGCCUCACGUUGCUAUAUCGAUCAAAUUAAUAGUGGGAAGCAGAAAUGACCCUUAGAAAAUUUAUGUUACGAACAAUAAUACUCCAGAACAAAUAUAGAAAUUAUGUGCCAGUUGUGUGGAGUAGCACCAGAAGCUAUGAAGAUGAUAAUGACAAAAGGGACAGAUACAAAAAGUACGGCGGAGCAGCCGCCGCCGCCUUGCUAGGAUCCGUGCUCAUCGGUACUGCUAUUAGAGAAACUAUGGACAGUAAGAAAGUGAACACAGUGAAAGUACAUAAGAUCGAAAACUUAAAGCUAGAGGCGGGCGGCAUGAGGCCGGAUCUUCCCACUUUCAGGGCUGACGAGGUCAGCAAACAUGAUACCAACGGUAGUUUCUGGGUAACAUACAAACACGGGGUGUAUGACAUCACAAAAUUCCUACCCUCACACCCCGGAGGGGAACAGAUAUUGAACGCUGGCGGGCUCAGUGUGGAGCCUUUCUGGAACGUCUAUGGCAAUCACAAGACCGAGGAAGUGUUUGAACUGCUCGAGACAUUUAGGAUAGGCAACUUGCACGACGACGACGUCGUGGACCACUCGGACGAAGAGCUGUGGGCGAAGGAGCCGGCGCGAGACGCCCGGCUGCUCGUGCGCACGCGCCGCCCCUUCAACGCCGAGACGCCGCCGCAGCACCAGAUCGCGCACUUCGACACGCCCAACGAGUUAUUUUUCGUGCGACAACACAUGCCUGUUCCAGAGUUGGAAGCGUCCUCGCACAAACUACGCAUCUCCAUCGAGCAAGGCGGUAGGAGCACCAGCCGCGAUUUUAGCCUUGAGGACCUGGACAAGUUCCCACAGAGCCAGCUGAGCGCCGCGCUUAUGUGCGCCGGCAACAGGAGAAGUGAGAUGAACAAGGAGGUGAAGCCGGCCAAAGGCGUCGGAUGGUCCGGCGGCGCGGUGUCCAACGCGCUGUGGUCGGGGGUGUACCUGCGCGACGUGCUGCUGCACUGCGGCGUCGACGUCGACGACGUCGAAGGAAAGCACGUAAUUUUCCAAGGGUCGGACGUAGACGCGACGGGCGCGAACUUCAGCACGUCCAUCCCGCUGGCCCAGGCGCUGGCCGCGGACGCGCGCGUGCUGCUGGCCACGCGCAUGAACGGGCGCGCGCUGCCGCCCGACCACGGGCGCCCGCUGCGGGCCGUGGUGCCGGGCGCGCCCGCCGUGCGCAGCGUCAAGUGGCUGGAAGCCGUGACGGUGUCGGAGAGGGAGAGCCCGUCGCACUGGCACCAGAAGGACUACCGCUCGUUCAACGCGUCCGUGGACUGGGCGUCGGCGGACUUCGCCGGCGCGCCGCCGGUGUACGGCAUGCCCGUGACGUCGGCCGUGUGCGAGCCGCAGAACGGCGCGCGCGCGCCCGUGCGCGGCGGCCGCGUACUCGUGCGAGGCUACGCCUACUCGGGCGGCGGCGCGAAGGUGGUGCGCGUGGACGUGAGCCCCGACGGGGGCCGCACGUGGCUGGCCGCGAGGCCCACGCACGCCGCGGGGGACUCGCCGGGCCGCCACUACGCCUGGACGCUGUGGGCCUGCGAGGUGCCCGUCCAGCCAGGCCAGGACGAGAUGGAGGUGUGGGUAAAGGCGACUGACAGCAACAUGAACACGCAGCCCGAGCGGUUCGCGCACAUCUGGAACAUCCGCGGGAUACUCGGCAACGCCUACCACAAAGUCACGUUUAAGCUACAACAUUGACUCGAGCCCCACGCAACUGGAAAAUCAUGACGCCUAAGAAAUAUAUUACACUGUCACACGACUCACAUUUUUAUGACAAUGUUAUAUAAAUAUAUGAAAUACUUUAUCAAGAUCAUAGAAAUAGUGUCCCUGGUUUCAAAAUAUAACAAUCUAACAAUACUGUGGAGAAAUUUUACAUACUUAAAGCAAUGAUGUAUGUCAAACAAAUUGAGCCUAUGACUUUUGACACAAACACUUCUUCCAUUUCUCCUAAAAAAGAGUAUCAGGAAACCACAAACACGAUUGUGAAAUAUGUUAGUCUACUUACGAUCAUAUACAUUUUUCGUCUAUAAAAUACUCACCUGAACAGAUAUUUUUUUUACAAUUUAAUAAGUACAUUUAAAAAAAUGCUUUAUACAUUGAGUUGUCGUUUGUUAUAUCUUUAAGUUAAAAUUUUUGUAUAAAAUUAUAUUAUAUUUACCACAGAAUAAGUAUGACAAUUAAU